UCCACGCCACGCGCCGCGCCCGGGCCGCGCGCCCAUAGGCUCGGAGCUCGGGCGCGUCGGCGGCGCCCGUCCCCUCGGGUCCUCGGCUCCACCCGCGCCGGCCCCGCGCGCCGGCAUCGGAUGCGCGGACGUGCAGGGGCGCUGCGCGCAGAGCGGAGAGGACGCGGCCGGAGCCGGCCGGGAAGAUGGUCCCCAGGGAGGCGGCCCGCGCCGCGCUCCUGUGCGCUCUGCUGGGCUCCGCGCUCGCCGGGGACGCGAGCCCCGAGGCGGCUGCCGGCGCCCGGGACGUGCCCGAGGGGGCUUCCACCUUGGCUUUUGUGUUCGAUGUGACCGGCUCCAUGUACGACGACCUCGUCCAGGUCAUCGAAGGGGCCUCCAAGAUCCUGGAGACGUCUCUGAAAAGACCGAAGAGGCCACUCUUCAACUUCGCCCUGGUGCCCUUCCACGACCCAGAAAUCGGCCCGGUGACAAUUACCACAGAUCCCAAGAAAUUUCAGUAUGAACUCAGAGAACUGUAUGUUCAGGGUGGUGGUGAUUGUCCAGAAAUGAGUAUUGGAGCUAUCAAAAUUGCCUUGGAAAUUUCUCUCCCCGGAUCUUUCAUCUAUGUUUUCACUGAUGCACGGUCCAAGGAUUACCGACUCACCCAUGAGGUGCUGCAGCUCAUCCAACAGAAGCAGUCCCAGGUAGUGUUUGUGCUCACUGGAGACUGUGAUGACAGGAACCACAUCGGAUACAGAGUUUAUGAAGAAAUCGCCUCUACCAGCUCCGGUCAAGUGUUCCAUCUGGACAAGAAGCAGGUGAACGAGGUGUUAAAGUGGGUGGAAGAAGCAGUGCAGGCCUCCAAAGUUCACCUUUUAUCCACAGACCAUUUGGAACAGGCUGUCAAUACUUGGGAAAUCCCUUUUGAUCCGAGCCUGAGAGAAGUCACGGUGUCCUUGAGCGGUCCUUCGCCCCUGAUUGAAAUUCGCAGUCCUGUAGGGAAGCUGAUAAAAAAGGGAUUUGGCCUGAAUGAGCUAUUAAAUAUCCACAACUCUGCCAAAGUGGUGAAUGUGAAAGAGCCAGCAGCUGGAUUGUGGACAGUGAAGACCUCCAGCAGUGGAAGGCACUCUGUUCGCAUCACCGGCCUCAGUACUCUUGAUUUCCGAGCUGGCUUUUCCCGACAGCCCACGCUGGACUUCACAAAAACGGCCAGCAGACCAGUGCAAGGAAUACCCACCUACGUACUGCUGAACACUUCUGGACUUUCCAUUCCGGCAAGAGUGGAUCAUCUUGAACUUCUGAGCACAUCAGGCAGUUCUCUCAAGGCAAUUCCUGUUAAAUAUUACCCAGAUCGAAAGCCAUAUGGCAUAUGGAACAUUUCUGACUUCAUUCCACCCAAUGAAGCCUUCUUUCUCAAGGUGACCGGCUAUGAUAAGGAUGACUACCUCUUCCAGAGAGUGUCGAGUGUUUCCUUCUCGAGUAUCAUUCCAGAUGCUCCCAAAGUUUCAAUGCCCAGGAAAACUCCGGGAUACUACCUGCAGCCUGGCCAGAUUCCCUGCUCUGUUGAGAGUCUUUUGCCGUUUACCUUGAGCUUUGUGAGAGAUGGAGUUACUCUCGGCGUAGACCAGUAUUUAAAAGAAUCCACCACCGUGACCUGGGAUAUCGACAGAGUCACCUUGUCUGACGAAGGCGCCUAUGGGUGCAUCGCAGUCAGCAGCGCAGGGACUGGACGAGCACAGACAUUUUUUGACGUAUCAGAGCCCCCGCCAGUCAUCCACGUGCCCGCUAACGUCACAGCCGCUCCUGGAGAGAGAGCAGUUCUGACGUGUCUCGUCAGCAGUGUGGCGGAUUUCAACCUAACCUGGCAGAGGAAUGGCCGAGAUGCCAGGCUGGCAGAGCCAGCCCGAGCCAGCACCUUGGCUAACCUCUCGCUGGAGCUGGCGGGUGUGAAAUUCAGCGAUGCUGGCGAGUACCACUGCACAGCUUCCAGCGCCGGUGGAUCAGCCGCUGCUUCAGUUGUCCUCACGGUGCAAGAGCGACCCAGAGUCACCGUGGUGCCCAGGAAUCAGUCUUUCACGGGAGGGUCGGAGGUCUCCAUCAGGUGCUCUGCGACGGGGUAUCCCCGACCCAGGACCCGCUGGGCCUUCAACGACAUGCUCAUCAUGGGUUCUCACAGGUACAAGAUGACCUCUGAUGGCACCUUACUCAUCAGAAACGCAGUUCCCAAGGACGCAGGGAUCUACAGUUGCCUGGCAAGUAAUUCGGCUGGAACGGAUAAACAGACUUCCACCCUCAGAUACAUUGAAGCCCCAAAGUUGCUUGUGGUUCAGAGCGAGCUUUUGGUCGCUCUAGGGGACACCACGGUCAUGGAAUGCAGAACGUCCGGCGUCCCUCCGCCCCAGGUGACAUGGUUCAAAGGAGAUCUGGCGUUGAGGCCCUCGACAUUCCUCGCCAUUGACCCUGCCUUGGGGCUUUUGAAGAUUAAAGAAACGCAAGACCUGGAUGCCGGCGACUACACAUGUGUUGCCGUCAACGAUGCUGGAAGAGCCACUGGCAGGAUGACACUGGAUGUUGGCUCACCUCCAGUUUUCAUGCAAGAACCUGCUGAUGUGUCUGUGGAAAUUGGCUCGAACGUGACGUUACCCUGUUACGUUCAGGGUUAUCCUGAACCAAAGAUCAAAUGGCGAAGAUCAGACAACGUGCCCAUCUUCUCGAGACCCCUUUCCGUCAGCUCCAUCAGCCAGCUUCGAACAGGAGCUCUCUCUAUUUUAAGCUUAUGGGCAAGUGAUGAAGGCACCUAUAUUUGUGAAGCUGAAAACCAGUUUGGAAAGAUUCAGUCCCAGACAACAGUCACGGUGACAGGACUUGCCGCCCCGCUUAUUGGAAUCAGCCCGUCUGUGGCCAGUGUCGUUGAGGGACAGCAGCUCACUCUGCCUUGUACGCUGUUGGCUGGAAAUCCCAUUCCAGAACGUCGAUGGAUUAAGAAUUCAGCCGUGUUGGUCCAGAAUCCUUACGUCACCGUGCGCAGCGAUGGCAGCCUCCACAUUGAGCGAGCCCGGCUUCAGGAUGGAGGGGAAUACACUUGUGUGGCCAGCAGCGUGGCCGGAGCCAGCAACAGAACAACCUCUGUGGUGGUGCACGUUCCACCGACCAUUCAGCACGGGCAGCAGAUACUCAGUACGAUCGAAGGCGUCCCAGUGACCCUGCCGUGCAAAGCUAGUGGGAUUCCCAAGCCGUCCAUCGUCUGGUCCAAGAAGGGAGAGCUGAUUUCCAGCAGCAGUGCUAGGUUUUCGACAGGGGCAGACGGAAGUCUGUCUGUGGUGUCCCCCGGGGGUGACGAGAGUGGGGAGUAUGUGUGCACAGCCACCAAUGCAGCCGGCUACGCCAAAAGGAAGGUGCAGCUGACCGUGUACGUAAGGCCCCGAGUGCUUGGAGACCAGCGAGGACUGUCCCCGGACAAGCCCGUGGAGAUCUCCGUCCUGGCAGGAGAGGAGGUGACGCUUCCCUGUGAAGUGAAGAGCCUGCCCCCACCCACUGUCACCUGGGCCAAGGAGACCCAGCUCAUCUCGCCCUUCUCGCCAAGACACACGUUCCUCCCCUCCGGCUCCGUGAAGAUCACCGAGAGCCGCGUUUCAGACUCUGGGCUGUAUCUCUGUGCUGCCACAAACAUUGCGGGGAACGUGACUCAGUCUGUGAAGUUAAACGUCCACGUGCCUCCAAAGAUACAGCGUGGCCCAAAACAUGUGAAAGUCCGGAUCGGGCAGAGAGCGGAUGUUCCCUGCAACGCCCAGGGGACGCCUCGCCCCGUCCUGACCUGGGUGAAGGGUGGACGGACCCUGCUGCUCGAUGGGGUGCAGCGCCUGAGCCGUCCCGAUGGGACUCUGAGCUUGCAGCAAGCCGCGCUCUCAGACGCGGGCCUUUACACGUGUGUCGCCACGAACGUAGCAGGCAGUGACGAAGCGGAGAUAACGCUACAUGUCCAAGAACCACCCACAGUGGAGGAGGUAGACUCUCCAUUUAACACUCCAUUCCAGGAAAGACUGGCCAGUCAACGCAUUGCAUUUCCAUGCCCUGUAAGAGGUACUCCCAAGCCCACUGUCAAAUGGCUACACAACGGUAGAGAGCUGACCGGCAGAGAGCCUGGUAUCUCCGUCCUGGAAGGCGGCAGGUUGUUGGUCAUUGCUUCCGUUGCACCGUCUGAUGGUGGGGACUACAUCUGUGUGGCAGUCAAUGAAGCCGGCACCGCAGAGAGGAAGUACAACCUCAAAGUCCAUGUUCCUCCUGUAAUUAAAGAUGAAGAACAAGUAACGAAUGUGUCCGUGUUGGUGAACCAGCUGACCAGUCUCUCCUGCGACGUGGAAGGGACGCCACCUCCCGUCAUCACGUGGUACAAAGAUGACGUGCUGGUGCAGGAGAGCAGCACUAUUGAGACCGUGAGCAAUGGGAGGACCCUGAAGCUCUCCUCGGCCACGCUGCAGGACUCGGGACGAUACUCCUGCAGAGCAGUGAACGUCGCGGGCACUUCUCAGAAGGACUUUAAUAUCCAUGUGCUCGUUCCGCCCAGCGUGAUAGGAGCGCGCUCCCCAGAUGAAGUCUCAGUGGUCCUCAGCCGCAGCACCACCCUCGAGUGCCGGGUCACAGGCACCCCCUUCCCCGACAUCCACUGGCUCAAAGACGGCAAGCCUUUGUUGUUGAGCGAUCCCAAUAUUGAACUUCUAGACAGAGGACAAAUUCUGCAUCUAAAGAAUGCACGAAGAAGUGACAAGGGGCGCUACCAGUGUGCUGUGUCUAAUGCAGCUGGCAAGCAAGCCAAGGACAUAAAGCUGACUGUCUAUCUUCCACCCAGUAUUAAAGGAGGGAAUGUCACCACAGAAAUAUCGGCAUUGAUCAACAGCAUGAUUAAGCUGGAAUGUGAAACACGGGGACUUCCAGUGCCUGCGGUCACGUGGUAUAAGGACAGCCAGCCAGUCACGUCCAGCUCACAAGUACUUUAUAUUGACAAAGGGCAGUUUCUUCAUAUUCCUCAAGCACAGGUCUCCGAUGCAGCAAAGUAUACAUGUCGUGUCUCCAAUGUUGCUGGAACUGCGGAAAAAUCAUUCCAUGUGGAGGUCUACGUUCCUCCAUCGAUUGAAGGGGACUCGGCCACGCCUUGGAACAGACAAGUGGUUCUUGGUCACUCACUGACACUGGAGUGCAGAGCUUCUGGCAACCCCCCUCCAGUUCUCACCUGGUUAAAAGACGGGGUACCUGUGAGAGCCAGCGAUAAUGUCCGCAUCGAAGCUGACGGGAAGAAACUGGAGGUCCUGAGUGCCAUGGAAGCCGAUCGGGGAGAGUACGUGUGUGUGGCUACCAAUGUGGCGGGAGAAAAGGAAAUCAAAUAUGAAGUUGAUAUCCUAGUGCCUCCAACUGUAGAAGGAGGAGAGGAAACAUCUUACUUCAUUGUGAUGGCUGAUAACUCGCUGGAGCUAGAUUGUCAAGUGGCGGGCUCUCCCCCACCAGCUAUCGUGUGGCUGAAGGACGGUCAGCUAAUUGACGGAAGAGAUGGAUUCAAGGUUUUACUAAAUGGACGUAAAUUGGUUAUUGCUCAGGCGCAGGUGUCAGAUACUGGUGUUUACCAGUGUGUGGCAACAAACACUGCUGGAGACCACAGGAAGGAGUUUGAAGUGACUGUUCAUGUUCCCCCAACAAUCAAGUCCUCAGGCCCUCCCGAGAGAACGGUGGUGAAACACAAGCCUGUCACCCUGCAGUGCAUAGCCAAUGGCAUUCCAAAUCCGUCCCUCACAUGGCUGAAAGAUGACCAGCCUGUGAACACUGCCCAAGGAAACCUCAAAGUACAGUCUUCUGGUCGGGUUCUGCACAUUGCCCAGGCGCUGUUGGAAGAUGCUGGCAGAUACACAUGCGUGGCCACCAGUGCGGCAGGAGACGCGGAGCAGCCCUUCCAGCUGCGCGUGCAUGAGCCGCCCAGCCUGGAGGAGGCAGGGAAGCUGCUGAAUGAGACUGUGGUGGUGAACGGUGCUGUCCAGCUGGAGUGCAUGGCGGCCGGACAUCCCCUGCCUGUAAUCACAUGGUACAAAGAUAACCGUCCACUCUCAGCCACCAGCGCCACUUUCUUGAAGAGAGGGCAGAUCAUUGUCAUUGAAAGUGCACAGAUUUCAGAUGCUGGUGUGUACAAGUGCGUGGCCGUCAACUCAGCGGGCGCUACAGAGUUGUUUUAUAGUCUGCAAGUUCACGUGCCCCCAUCGAUUUCCAGCAGCAAUGACGUGGUAGCAGUGCUGGUGAAUAAUCUGGUGAGGUUAGAAUGCGAAGCCAGAGGCAUCCCUGCCCCGAGCCUGACCUGGCUGAAGGAUGGCAGCCCUGUCUCGAGUUUCACUAAUGGAAUACAGGUUCUUUCUGGGGGCCGCAUCUUAGCUUUGGCCAGCGCACAAGUCAGUGACUCGGGGAGGUACACCUGUGUGGCAGUGAAUGCUGCUGGCGAGAAUCAAAGGGACAUUGACCUCCGAGUCCACGUUCCACCCAACAUCGUGGGAGAAGAACAGAACGUCUCUGUGCGCCUCAGCCAGGCCCUGGAGCUGCUCUGCAGAGGCGACGCUGUCCCGCCCCCGACGCUCACCUGGCUGAAAGACGGCCGCCCCCUGCUGAGGAAGCCGGGCCUCAGCAUCGCUGAGAACGGAGGUGUGUUAAAGAUUGAAGAUGCUCAAGUUCAGGACGCAGGACGUUACACCUGUGAGGCUACGAAUGUUGCUGGGAAAACUGAGAAAAACUACAAUGUCAACAUUUGGGUGCCACCAAAUAUUUAUGGUUCUAAUGAACUUGUUCAGCUUACAGUCAUCGAAGGGAAUCUCAUUAGUCUGUUGUGUGAAUCAAGCGGUAUCCCACCCCCGAAUAUCAUUUGGAAGAAGAAAGGCUCUCCUGUGCUGGCGGACUCUGUGGGGCGAGUCCGGAUUUUAUCUGGUGGCAGACAGCUGCAGAUUUCAGUUGCUGAGAAGUCGGAUGCAGGGCUGUAUACGUGUGUGGCAUCCAGUGUUGCCGGAAGUGCACAGAAGGACUACACUCUGCAAGUUUACAUUCGACCAACCAUAGCAGGCAGCGGCAGCCAGCCUACUGAGCUUGUGGUGAUGCGAGGGCAGGACAUCUCGCUGGAGUGUGCAGUGCAGGGCGUUCCUCAGCCCGUGGUGACCUGGAUGAAGGACGGCCGCCCCCUGACCAAGGGAAGGGGACUGGAAGUACUGGACGAAGGCCGCACCCUGCAGGUGAAGAACACCCACGUGUCCGACACGGGCCGUUACGUGUGUGUCGCUGUGAACGUAGCAGGAAUGACUGACAGGAAGUAUGACGUAAGCGUGCAUGCCCCGCCAAGCAUCAUAGGAAACCAGGGGGCACCUGAAAAUAUCAGUGUGGUGGAAAAGAACUCGGUGUCCCUGACCUGUGACGCUUCAGGAGUUCCACUGCCCUCAGUCACCUGGCUUAAAGACGGGUGGCCCGUCAGCCUUAGCAGUUCCGCGAGGAUUCUCUCAGGAGGCAGGACACUGCGGCUGAUGCAGGCCAAGGUGGAGGAUGCGGGCCAGUACAUGUGUGUCGUCAGGAACGCGGCAGGCGAAGGAAGAAAACUCUUCGGACUUUCAGUACUGGUUCCGCCUCACAUUGUGGGUGGAGACACACUGGAAGACGUGAAGGUGAAGGAGAGGCACAGUGUCAGGCUGACGUGCGAGGUGACAGGGAAUCCAGUCCCAGAGAUCACCUGGCACAGAGACGGGCAGCUCCUGCAGGAAGACGAAGCCCAUCACCUUGUGUCCGGUGGCCGUUUUCUGCACAUCCGCGAGGCCCAGGUGUCGCACACUGGAAGAUACACGUGUCUGGCUUCCAAUUCGGCUGGGGACAAGAGCAAAAGCUUCAGUCUGACUGUGUUUGUGUCUCCAACAAUUGCUGGUGUGGACGGCGACAGCAGCCCUGAGGAUGUCACUGUCAUCCUGAACAGCCCCACGUCUCUGGUCUGUGAAGCUUAUUCCUACCCCCCCGCUACCAUCACCUGGUCGAAGGAUGGAGCCCCCUUGGAAUCCAACCGAAAUAUCCGCAUUCUCCCAGGAGGGCGGACCCUGCAGAUCCUGAACGCGCGAGCGGACGAUGCUGGGAGGUACUCCUGCGUCGCCACUAAUGAGGCUGGCGAGAUGAUAAAACACUACGAGGUGAAGGUCUACAUUCCACCCAUAAUCAGUAAAGGGGACCUUCUGGGGCCAGGCGUUUCCCCUAAGGAAGUGAAGAUCAAAGUCAACAACACGCUGACCCUGGAGUGCGAAGCCUAUGCGGUUCCUUCCGCCUCCCUCAGCUGGCACAAGGAUGGACAGCCCCUUACGCCAGAUGAUCAUAUUACUAUUGCCGCUAAUGGACAAACACUUCAAAUAAAGGAGGCUCAAAUAUCAGACACAGGGCGCUACACCUGUGUAGCAGCUAACAUCGCCGGUGAAGAUGAGCUGGAUUUUGAUGUGAAUAUACAAGUUCCUCCAAGUUUCCAGCAACUCUGGGAAAUAGGAAACAUGCUGGAUACAGGCCGGAGCGGCAAAGCCAAGGACGUGAUCCUCAACAACCCCGUUUCCCUUUCCUGCGAGACCAAUGCUGCUCCACCUCCCACGCUGACCUGGUACAAAGAUGGCCAUCCUCUGACCUCCAGCGAUAAAGUGAUGAUUUUACCAGGAGGGCGCGUGCUGCAGAUUCCCAGGGCCAAAGUGGAUGACGCCGGGAGGUACACGUGUGUGGCCGUCAAUGAGGCUGGAGAAGCUUCCCUCCAGUACGACGUCCGCGUCCUCGUGCCCCCCAUCAUCAAGGGAGCCGACAGCGAUCUCCCUGAAGAGGUCACCGUGCUGAUGGGCAGGAGUGUGCGGAUGGAGUGUCUGCCCAGCGGCAGCCCCGUGCCCAGGCUUUCCUGGCACAAGGAUGGCCUGCCUUUGCCGGAAGACAGUAGUCAUAAGCUCCUAUCUAACGGAAGAAUCCUGCAGAUUCAGAAUACUCAAAUAGCAGAUAUCGGCAGGUAUGCGUGUGUCGCUGAGAACACAGCCGGAAGUGCCAAAAAGUAUUUUAACCUCAAUGUCCACGUUCCUCCCAGUGUCGUUGGUCCUAACCCUGAAAACCUUACGGUUGUGGUGAACAAUUUCAUCUCUUUGACAUGUGAGGUUGCUGGUUUUCCACCGGCUGAUCUCACCUGGCUCAAGAACGGACAGCCCAUCAAGCCAAGCACAAACGCUCUCAUUGUGCCUGGCGGUCGAACUCUGCAGAUUAUUCGAGCCAAGGUUUCUGACGGGGGUGAAUACACUUGUGUCGCCAUCAACCCAGCUGGCGAAAGCAAGAAGCAGGUGUCGCUGACUGUUCACGUGCCCCCCAGCAUUAAAGAUGGCGGCAGUGAAGCGCUUUCUGCAGUGACUGUGAGAGAGGGCGCUCCCGCGUCUCUGCAGUGUGAGUCGCACGCUGUCCCGCCUCCCGUGGUCACCUGGUACAAGAGCGGGCGGCCGGUGGCCGAAUCUCAGCGCGUGCGGAUUCUAGCCGAUGGACAAACACUGCGCAUCGAGAACGCCGAGGUGUCUGACACAGGCCAGUAUGUGUGUAGAGCUAUAAAUGUAGCAGGACGAGAUGAUAAAAGUUUCCACCUCAAUGUUUAUGUGCCACCCAGUAUUGAAGGGCCCGAGAGAGAAGUGAUUGUGGAGACCGCCGGCAGUCCUGUGACCUUGACAUGUGACGCCACUGGGAUCCCACCUCCCGCCGUAGCCUGGCUGAAGAACCACAGGCCUAUAGAAAAUUCCAACUCACUUGAAGUCCAUAUUUUGUCUGGAGGUGGCAAACUCCAAAUUGCCCGCUCCCAGCGUUCCGACAGUGGAAACUACACCUGUGCUGCUUCAAAUGUGGAGGGGACGGCGCACAAAAGCUACGUCCUCUCCAUCCAGGUUCCUCCAACUAUUGCUGGUGCUGAAAUGCCAAGCGAAGUCAGUGUCCUUCUGGGGGAAAAUGUUGAGCUGGUCUGCAAUGCAGAUGGCGUCCCCACGCCGCUUAUUCAGUGGCGAAGAGAUGGGAAGCCCAUAACUCACGGGGAAGCAGAAAGAAUUGGGGUGACUGCCGGCGGCAGCACGUUAAACAUCUAUGGCGCGCUUGCAUCCGAUGCGGGAAAAUACACGUGUGUGGCUACUAAUCCUGCCGGAGAAGAAGACCGAAUCUUUGACUUGAAUGUCUACGUUCCACCUACAAUCGAGGGCAACAAAGACGAAGCAGAGAAACUCAUGGCUUUGGUGGACACCUCAGUAAACAUCGAAUGCAGAGCCGCGGGGACGCCGCCGCCACAGGUCACCUGGCUGAGGAGUGGGCUCCCGCUGCCUCUCUCCUCCCGCGUUCGCUUGCUGUCAGCAGGGCAGGUUGUCAGGAUCGUGAGGGCCCAGGUGCUGGACGCUGCUGUGUAUACGUGCGUGGCCUCCAGCAGAGCCGGGGUGGACAAGAAGCACUACAGCCUGCAGGUGUUCGCACCACCCAGCAUAGACAAUGCUCUGGGGACAGAAGAAAUCACCGUCGUCAAAGGCAGCUCCACCUCCAUGUCCUGCUUCCCACACGGAACGCCAGCCCCCCGUGUGUCCUGGCUCAAAGAGGGGCAGCCGCUGGGGCUGGAGGCCCGCCUGACCUUGAGCACUCAGGCCAUGGUCCUGCAGCUGGUGGAAGCGGAGGCUCGGGAUUCGGGAAGGUACUCCUGCGUGGCCUCCAGCGAAGCUGGCGAGGUCAGCAAGCACUUUGUCCUGAGGGUCCUAGAGCCACCGCACAUUAAUGGAUCCAGAGAAACUGGAGAGGUAUCAGUAAUUGUUAAUAACCCACUUGAACUUACCUGCAUUGCUUCUGGAACCCCAGCCCCUAAAAUUACCUGGAUGAAAGAUGGCCGGCCUCUUCUACACACAGAACAGGUGCAGACUCUAAAGGGAGGUGAAGUUCUUCGACUAUCAAGUGCUCAGGUGGAAGACACAGGAAGAUACACGUGUGUGGCGUCCAGUCCCGCAGGAGAUGCCGAUAAGGAAUAUCUAGUGAGAGUGCAUGUGCCCCCUAACAUUGCCGGAACAGAUGAGCCUCAGGAUUUCACUGUGUCACAGAACAGACAAGUGACACUGGAGUGCAAAUCGGAUGCGGUGCCCCCACCUGUAAUUACGUGGCUCAAAAACAGAGCACACCUACAGGCCUCGCCUCGAGUGCGAAUCCUUUCUGGAGGGAGAUACUUGCAGAUUAACAACGCAGACCUUGGAGAUACUGCCAACUAUACCUGUGUUGCCAGCAACAUAGCAGGGAAGACCACAAGAGAAUUCACUGUCUUUGUGAAUGUUCCUCCAAACAUAAAGGGUGGCCCCCAGAGUCUUGUCACUCUCGUCAAUGUGUCAGCUGUGCUGGAAUGCUCAGCUGAUGGCGUGCCCACCCCAAGGCUGACUUGGAGAAAGGACGGAGCCGUUCUAGCCGGGAAUCAGGCAAGGUACUCCAUCUUGGAGAACGGAUUCCUUCGGAUCCAGUCGACACGGGUCACCGACGCAGGCCGGUAUUUGUGCAUGGCCACCAACGCUGCCGGGACAGACCGCAGGCGGAUAGAUUUGCAAGUGCUCGUUCCUCCCUCCAUUGCUGCGGGUCCUACCAAUGUAACUGCAACGGUGAAUGUCCAGACUACCCUGGCCUGUGAGGCGUCCGGCAUCCCCAAGCCAUCCGUCAAAUGGAGAAAAAAUGGGCAUCUUCUUAACGUGGAUCAAAAUCAGAAUUUAUACAGGCUCCUCUCUUCUGGUUCUCUGGCGAUCAUCUCCCCUUCUGUGGAUGACACCGCCACCUAUGAGUGCACCGUGACAAACGAUGCUGGAGAGGAUAAGAGAGCCGUGGGCCUCACCGUCCAAGUUCCGCCCUCCGUAGCUGACGAGUCUGCGGACGUGGUGGUGACCGCCCGGGCUCCAGCGGUGAUGACCUGCGCUGCCACCGGAGUUCCAUUUCCUUCCAUUCACUGGACCAAAAACGGUGUCAGACUGCUCCCCAGGGGAGAUGGCUACCGAAUUCUGUCCUCCGGAACAAUUGAAAUCUUCUCCAGCCAGCUCAGCCACGCUGGAAGGUACACUUGCGUUGCUAGGAAUUCAGCCGGUUCUGCACAUCGCCACGUGACCCUUCAUGUCCAAGAGCCUCCAGUCAUUCAGCCGCAGCCCAGCGACCUGGAUGUCAUCCUGCACAAUCCCGUUCUGUUGCCGUGUGACGCCGCAGGGACACCCAGGCCUUUCAUUACGUGGCAGAAAGAAGGCAUCAGCGUGCUCAGCUCAGGGCAAAGCCGUGCGGUGCUCCCUGGCGGCAGCCUGCAGAUCUCCAGAGCCGCCCGCGAGGAUGCUGGCGUUUACGUGUGCGUGGCUCAGAACCCAGCCGGGACGGCCUUGGGCAAAAUCAAGUUAAACGUCCAAGUCCCUCCAGUCAUCAGCACGCACCCACUGCAGCACAUCAUCGCGGUGGAUCAGCCCAUCUCACUGCCCUGCGAGGCCGAUGGCCUCCCUCCGCCUGACGUCACCUGGCACAGAGACGGCCGUGCGAUUGCAGAGUCAGUGCGCCUGCACGUCCUCGCCUCGGGGGCUCUGCACAUAGCCUUCGCUCAGCCGGGCGACGCUGGUCAGUACACGUGCGUGGCGGCCAAUGUGGCCGGGUCGAGCAGCAGGAGCACCACGCUCACUGUCCACGUUCCUCCCAGGAUCCGAAGUACUGAGGAACACUACACAGUCAGUGAGAACUCGCGAGCCAUCCUUCCCUGUGAGGCUGAUGGGAUCCCCACGCCAGCAAUCAGCUGGAAAAAAGACAGUGUUCCUUUGGCUAACUUGUUAGGAAAAUACACGGCCGAACCAUAUGGAGAACUCAUUUUAGAGAAUGUUGCGUUGGAGGAUUCAGGCGUCUACACCUGUGUCGCCAGCAAUGCUGCAGGUGAAGAUACGCACACUGUCAGCCUGGCUGUGCAUGUUCUCCCCACAUUUACAGAACUCCCUGGAGAUGUGUCACUGAAUAAAGGAGAACAGCUCCGAUUAAGCUGUAAAGCAACCGGCGUUCCAUUGCCCAAGCUGACGUGGACCUUCAAUAACAAUGUCAUCCCAGCCCGCCUUGGCAGUGUCCACGGACACAGCGAACUUGUUGUUGAAAGAGUGUCCAAGGAGGACUCGGGUACUUACGUGUGCACCGCAGAGAACAGCGUUGGCUUUGUGAAGGCAAUUGGGUUUGUUUACGUGAAGGAACCUCCGGUCUUCAAAGGUGAUUACCCUUCAAACUGGAUUGAGCCACUCGGAGGUAACGCAGUCCUGGACUGUGAGGUGAGAGGAGACCCUGUCCCGACCAUCCAGUGGAGCAGAAAGGGUGUGGACAUUGAAAGUAGCCACAGAAUCCGGCAGCUGGGCAACGGCUCCCUGGCCAUCUACGGCACUGUGAAUGAAGACGCCGGGGACUACACGUGUGUGGCCACCAACGCUGCCGGGGUGGUGGAGCGCAGCGUGAGCCUGACUCUGCAGAGUGCUCCUGUUAUCACCCUCGAGCCGGUGGAAACUGUCGUCAACGCCGGUGGCAAAGUCAUACUGAACUGUCUGGCAGCUGGAGAGCCGCCUCCAACCAUCCUGUGGUCCCGGCAGGGGCAGUCCAUCCCCUGGGACGACCGGGUUCGGGUGUUGUCCAACGGCUCCUUGUAUAUCGCCGCCGCUAAGAAGGAAGACAGCUCUGAGUAUGAGUGUGUGGCUCGAAACCUCAUGGGCUCUGUCCUUGUCAGGGUGCCGGUCGUCGUUCAGGUUCACGGUGGAUUUUCCCAGUGGUCUGUGUGGAGGUCCUGUAGUGCCACGUGCGGAAGAGGCAUCCAAAAGAGGAGUCGUCUGUGCAACAACCCCCUUCCAGCCAACGGGGGGAAGCCGUGCCAGGGUUCGGAUUCGGAAACACGGAACUGUCAAAACAAGCAGUGUCCGGUGGAUGGCCACUGGUCAGCGUGGAGUCUGUGGGGAGAAUGCACAAGGAGCUGUGCACGCGGCAACCGAACCAGGACCAGGACUUGCAGCAACCCGCCAGCUCAGCACGGCGGGCGGCCCUGUGAGGGGGCUGCCGUGGAAGUGGUCGUGUGCAACAUGCACCCUUGCCCGGUUCAUGGAGCCUGGAGCACUUGGCAGCCUUGGGGUGCCUGCAGCACGAGUUGUGGGAAAGGCACCCAGACAAGAGCAAGGCUUUGCAGUAACCCCCCACCAGCCUUUGGUGGCUCCUACUGUGACGGAGCAGAAACACAGAUGCAGAUUUGCAAUGAAAGACACUGUCCAGUUGAUGGCAAGUGGACAACGUGGGCCAGUUGGAGUGCCUGUACCGUGUCCUGUGGUGGAGGUGCCAGACAGAGGAGAAGGGACUGCACUGACCCUGCCCCCCAGUAUGGAGGAAGCCGAUGUGAUGGGAGUGAUGUCCAGAGUGAUUUCUGCAAUACCGACCCUUGUCCCACCCACGGUAACUGGAGCCCUUGGAGUGGCUGGGGAGCGUGCAGCCGAACGUGCAACGGAGGGCAGAUGCGGCGGUACCGCACGUGCGACAACCCGCGUCCUUCCCACGGGGGACGAGCUUGUGGGGGCCCGGACUCCCAGGUGCAGAGGUGCAGUGCUGACGUGUGUCCUGUGGACGGAAGCUGGGGAAACUGGCACAGCUGGAGCCCGUGUUCUGCCUCUUGCGGAGGAGGCGAGAAGACUCGCAGGCGGCUCUGCGACAGUCCAACACCAAACAAAGGUGGCCAUCCCUGCGCUGGGGACACCACUCAGGUGUCCCGAUGCAAUGUGCAGGCGUGUCCAGGUGGGCCCCCACGAGCCAGAGGAAGUGUCAUUGGGAGUAUUAAUGAUGUUGAAUUUGGAAUUGCUUUCCUUAAUGCCACAGUAACAGAUAGCCCUCACUCCAAUACUAAAGUCAUACAUGCCAAAAUCACCAAUGUGCCUCGCAGUCUGGGUCCAGCAAUGAGAAAGAUAGCUUCUAUUCUAAAUCCCAUUUAUUGGACAACAGCAAAGGAAAUAGGAGAAGCCAUCAACGGCUUUACCCUUACCAACGCAGUCUUCAAAAGAGAAACUCAAGUGGAAUUUGCAACUGGAGAAAUCUUGCGAAUGACUCACGUUGCCCGGGGCUUGGAUCCCGACGGUGCUUUGCUGGUGGACAUUGUUGUGAGUGGCUACGUUCUGCAGCUUCCGUCGCCUGUGGACAUCAACAUUAAGGAUUACAUGGAGGACUACAUUCAGACGGGCCCCGGGCAGCUGUACGCCCACUCCACCCGGCUGUUCUCCAUCGACGGUGUCAGUGUUCCGUACACCUGGAACCACACGGUCUUCUACGACCAGGCACAGGGAAGAAUGCCUUUCUUGGUAGAAACGCUCCAUGCAUCCUCUGUGGAAUCUGACUACAACCAGUUGGAAGAGACACUAGGUUUUAAAAUCCACGCUUCAAUUUCCAAAGGCGAUCGCAGCAAUCAGUGCCCGUCCGGGUUCACCUUGGAUCCAGUGGGACCGUUUUGCGCUGAUGAAGAUGAGUGCGCGGCGGGGAAGCCUUGCUCCCACACCUGCCACAAUGCCGUGGGGACCUACUAUUGCUCCUGCCCAGAAGGCCUCACCAUAGCUGUGGACGGAAGGACUUGUCAAGACGUUGAUGAGUGUGCUUUGGGUGGACAUGCCUGCCACGCCGGCCAGGACUGUGACAACACCAUCGGGUCCUAUCGCUGUGUGGUCCGCUGUGGAGUCGGCUUCCGAAGAACCUCCGACGGGCUGAGCUGUCAAGAUGUUAACGAAUGUCAAGAAUCCAGCCCCUGUCACCAGCGCUGUUUCAAUGCCAUAGGCAGUUUCCACUGUGGAUGUGAACCCGGGUAUCAGCUCAAAGGCAGAAAAUGCGUGGAUGUGAAUGAGUGCAGGCAGGGUGUGUGCAGACCGGAUCAGCACUGUAGGAACACGCGUGGUGGCUACAAGUGCAUCGAUCUUUGCCCCAGUGGAAUGACCAAGGCAGAAAACGGAACCUGCAUUGAUAUUGAUGAAUGUAAAGACGGGACUCAUCAGUGCAGAUAUAAUCAGAUAUGUGAGAAUACAAGAGGCAGCUACCGUUGUGUGUGCCCAAGAGGUUAUCGGUCUCAAGGAGUAGGAAGACCCUGUGUGGAUAUUAAUGAAUGUGAGCAAGUGCCCAAACCUUGUGCACAUCAGUGCUCCAACACCCCCGGCAGCUUCAAGUGUACCUGUCCCCCAGGACAGCAUUUACUGGGGGACGGGAAAUCUUGCGCUGGAUUGGAGAGGCUGCCCAGUUCUGGCGCUCAGUACAGUAGCUAUCAGCUGGCACGGUCCUCCGCGGUGAGGAACAGCCGUCAUCCUCCGCAGCGUUACAGACACCACUCACAGCUCUACAGCUCCUACACAGAGUAUAGAAACAGCAGAGCCUCUCUCGCCAGGACUAGAAGGACUAUUAGGAAAACUUGCCCUGAAGGCUCCACGGCGAGCCAAGACACAUGUGUAGAUAUUGACGAAUGUGAAACCAGAGACGUUUGCCAGCAUGUGUGCAGAAAUACUUUUGGAAGCUAUCAGUGCCUCUGUCCUCCUGGCUAUCAGCUCAUGCUCAAUGGAAAGACGUGCCAAGAUGUUGACGAGUGUCUGGAGCAGAGCACGAGCUGUGGGCCCAACCGCAUGUGCUUCAACACGAGAGGAAGCUACCAGUGCAUCGACACGCCCUGUCCUCCCAGCUACCGGCGGGAUGCUGUGUCAGGGUUCUGUCUCAAGAGCUGUCCGCCCAAUGAUUUGGAGUGUGCCUUGAGCCCAUAUGCCUUGGAGUAUAAACUUGUCUCCCUCCCAUUUGGAAUAGCUGCCAAUCAGGAUUUGAUCCGGCUGGUGGCGUACACUCAGGAGGGGGUGAUGCACCCCAGGACGACUUUUCUCAUGGCAGAUGAGGAACAGGCUGUGCCUUUUGCCUUAAGGGAUGAAAACCUAAAAGGAGUGGUGUACACGACCCGGCCACUACGAGAGCCGGAGACCUACCGCAUGAGGGUGCGAGCCCUAUCCCGCAGUGCCAAUGGGACCCUGGAGUACCAGACCACGUUCAUAGUUUACAUAGCUGUGUCUGCCUACCCAUACUGAGGAGCCCUGCAAAGCUUGGUCCACAUAUGUAAAUCACGGUAACCAUGGCAACCACAUCCCCUUCCAGAUGACUGUGUCUUGCACAGUUGCAAUCUUGGCAACUUGAAAAUGGUGCUAUGUUGUGUGUGCCCUCCCUGGUACCACCCAGGUCCUUCACGACCCCACCAUGGCCAUCUUGCAGUAAAGUCUGGAGAAGUCCCUUCUUUUUGUCUUUAUUUAUUACACUGGAGCAGUCACUUCCCAACGAUUCUGAAUACCUUUCAGGACACAUCAGUGAUACUUUAGAAUACCACAGUAGCUGGGGUGAUUUUCCUUAAAAGCAACUAAUUCAAAGUCAAGAUUUUUGAGCAUCUGUCUUUAGAACAAUAAAACCAGCUGUUCUGUGUUUUUAUCAAACCUUAUGCAAUGAAUUAUGAAGCUGUUUAUUAAUGCUUUAUAAAAGGACUUGGACACCCAUUUCACUCUAAGGAAGAGAAGCACCCAUCAUUUCAGGAAUGCACUGCCGCUACGAGAAGGUCCACCCCACGUGGGGCUUGCCUCAGCUGAACAUCUGAGUGAGGGUGAUGCCUUCAGUGAUGCUGUGGAAUCAGCUAACAUGUAGAGCAACGAAAAGACGUUCUCUUGUCCUCCGAUGAUUUUCCUCAGACCUGGAUCUUUGCUGUGACGUUUGAUAUAACCUUCCGUUCAUUUAGCUCUGUAGCUUUUAUAUUCCAGAUUUUUUUUUCUGCAAAUGAAAACAAUGUUUUAAAAACCAAUAGGACAGGUUUCUUUUUUUAUCUGAUAUACUCAAAAUCACAUAAAUAUUAAACGUCAACACACUGUACAUGGUGGUAACAGGCUCUAUAAGCAAUUGGCAAGAUGUAUUCUAUUUUUAUUAAGUGUAUAUAUGUAUUACCUAGUGUGUAUUUUCUAUAUAAUAUCAUAUAAUAUGUUGGACUCUUAUAAAAUUAUUUUAUAAAAAAACAAUGUUACAGUAAAAUCAGCUGAAAUAAAAUUUUCACAUCCUUUUUCUUAA